AUGAAUUCUCUGAUUUUUGGUUCAACUAUUGAAAUACCUUAAUUGAUAAUUACAGAAUUAAACAAAUUAAACAAGGAAGUUGUUGUGCAUUCAAUAGUCACUAAAACAAAUAGCAGUGCACAAAAUUUAUACUCCCAAUUAAAUCCAAAUCAAACUAUUCAAUUAAAUGGGUUAACAUUUAUGAAAACAGAAUAGUUUGUCAUUUUUGUUGCAUCUAUUGAGGAAUGUCAAAAACAUAUCACAACUAUAUUAUUAUUCUUAUAUGUUGUAUCCUAAUACAUGCAUUUUGUAGAAAAUGAAUAAGAAUCAAUAUAAAAAUUGUUUGAUCAAUUACCCAUAUAAUCACUACAAAAAUAGGCACCUAAAAUAAGUAAAUAAUAUUAAAGUUUAUUGAAACACUUUAAUUCAUCCAAAAAACAUUGUAAAUUGGGUGGAAAACCAAAACUGAUUAUCCGAUUAAAAAUGACAGGCAUAAUGUUAUUGAAUUUAAUGUUAGAUUUUUGUGAAUAUAUGAAUUCUAAUAGAAAAAUUAAUGGGAAUUUAUUUUUAGGAGUGUUUAAUAGAGAAUGUUAUAGAUAAUAUGAAGAUGUGAGAAAUAAGUAUUAUCAAUAAGUAGUAAAAAUUUAAUCAGAUUAAAGAAUUUAAGAUAUGGGAACAUUAUUUCAUAAUUUAAUGGAUAUUUAAUAGGAUGUUUUGAUUAAAUUAUUAGAUAGUGCAGCAUGUUAAGAAAUGAAAUUAACUUUUGUUGAAUUUUUAUCUUAUUGUAAAGAUAAUUAAAAGUAAAUAAUGUAAGAUAAUAAUAAUGAAAGUGAGAAAUAUUGCAAUGCUUUAUUAUAAUCAUAUUUAAAUCUAUUUAUUACAGAAUGUUAAAAUAUUGAGGAAGUUAUUUAAUAAAAAGAUAUAUUUAUUAAAUAAAAGUGGGCUUCAUUUGAGGAAAUCUUAGAUGGAUAUUUAAAAGAUGCAUAAGGACCAAAUAAACAUAUGAUCAAUGAAUAAAUUACUAAUAUUAUAUUUUAAGAAUGUGAUAAAUGGUUUGAAUCACUUAAUAGUCAUUAUAUGUUUGAAUUAAAUAAAUCUAAAGUAAUUUAGUAAUCUUAUAAUUUAGGCAUAAUUGAUGUAAACUAUGGAAAAUUAUUAAGAAUUAUAAAAUAGAUUGGCUGAAGUAGAAUCAAAGAAAUUUGAAUUAGAAGAUAUGAAUUAAGGAUUGAUGUUUGAAUUAGAAAGUUAAAAGAGAGAAACUGAGAAGAUUACUAGAUUGAAAGAGUUAGCAGAAGAAUUAUGUUAAAAUUAAUUUUAAGAGUUGAAUCUCAAAUUAAAUAAAUCAAAAGAAAAAAGCAAAAAGUAAAAGGAAACAUUAGAGAAGAUUUAAGAGGAAAAUAGAAGAAUUGGUUAUGAAUUAAAUGAAAAAAAGAAAGAAUAAAUUAAUAUAUUAGUUAAAGUCUAGAAUUUAGAGAAGGCAUUGGAUUAAACUAUUUAAAAAUAAGAAUAAGAUAAAUUUGAAAAAGAACUAAUUUCUUUAAUUUAAUUAUUCAAAGAUAGUUUAGAAUUAGCUUCAAGAGAUAGUGUAACAAGUAAUUCAAGAGCUUCAACUGAUUAAAGUUCAUUUAGAGUGUUAGAUAAAUUAUAAUAAAAAUAUGAUAAAGCUAAAGAGAAAUGUAGACAAUUAGAAGAUGAAUUAUAAAAAACUAAAAAUCUUAAUGAAAUACUAUAGAAAAAGAAUUAAGAUAAUGAAUUCUAAAUUGAAUAAAUGAAAAAUGAUUUAUAAACUAGAUUAACUAAAGAAGAAGGAGAUAAAUUAAUAAAAGAAUAAAAAUAAAGAGACAAUGAUUUGUUUUAGGUUUUGACUAGUCACAAAUAAACUAUAGAGAAAAUGAAUGAAUAGCAUUCUCAAUUAUAAACAUCAUUUUAUGAAAAAUCAAUACAAUUAUCCAAUUUGGAAUUCUAAAGAAGUAACACAAUAACAAUUUUGAGAGUAUUAUAUUUAUUUUGUAUUAUUUUAGGAAGCAUUGAAGUUUUAAUUGAAAAAACCGAAUACUGUGGUCUCAAUAUUAAAAUCUAUGCCACCAGAAUAAUCAUAAGAAAUUAAAGAUAUAUUUCAUUCUGUUGGUUUGAAAUUAUGA